UGUUUGUUUUUUUUUUUGUUUUUUUGGUGCUGUGCGACCUCACCCGCCCCGACCUUUGUGCAACGAGAAAAAAAGAGGGAAAGGGAAAGGCGCCAAGAGCGCUUAGGACCCAACUCAGCCGCCUUUUCUCAUUUCGCUCCAGGUCCGCCCCAGACGCCACUUUUAGGGCCUUCCGUCCUGUCCGCGCCCUUCCAACUCCCCUGGCCUGGUGCUCCGCAUUUUGCGCCGACCAAAGACCAGACACCCGCCAGAAAAAUAAGCCGGCCCUUUCCUACGUACCGACCUCGGCUUCUGGCACAGGGCUAUUUCCUACCUGCCUGCCUCGGCGGCUUUUUUUUCUUUUUCUUUCUUUCUUUUUGUCCGUUUUCUUGGCGGUGUUGCACUUCCCACAUAUAUUCUACGACGGGCGCAACUGUCGCUUGUUGAAGAAUGGCGACAUUUACCGCCCUGAAUGGGGGCUCACCCAAGGCGCCCGAAGGUGUCAACGGCAACAGUGUGCCGGCGAGGAGGAAUGGUUCCGAGGAGCGCCAGAGCAAUACCCCGGCGGCAGCAACAGCAGCAGCAACAACAAAACCUACAAUAACAGCAGCGCCGGAAGCUGGGUCUCCCACCGGCAAGGCCUCUGCGCCAGCCGGGAACGCGUCAUUGCCUUCAGUCGUCCUCACCAGACAUGAGAGGGAUCACGACCACCACCAGCCGAGCGAGGCUGAGCGCCAGCGCAGGAGUCGCUGGAUAGGGGUUCUCUCCCACCAGGAAGAACGGCCGCCUCUGUACCAGCCGACCGCCUAUCCAGGUGCUCACGAAUCUGCCCUGGCCAAGCGGAAACGCUCCCAUUCGCCUCCCAUCUCGCCUCCCUCGCCAACCGGCGGCGCUCGCGAAAUCUUCGGGCGCCGGGGAGGAUCCGAGCCUAGGGACGCGCCGCAUGCCGCACCACGUGAUCGCAACAGCCUGAGCCCUCCCAAGGUUGGCCACAACACGGAUCUCAGGAGGGCGCUUGGCCGCGAAAGCGCUCGGGACUUUGAGCGGAGCGGGAGCCGGCUAAAGUUCACCAUGAUGAGCAGCAAGGACGACAACUGGGGGCCCAACUACGAGCAGCUGCACUCGGCGGUGCCCGACUCGGCCGUCAGCGAGGUCGACCCCAUUGGCGAUCUAGUUCACUUUGAAGGCACACAGGCCGCCGACGUGGACAUGGAUGACUCCCCCGUCGCCUCUUCGUACCGUCACACCUCUUUCGUUCCCGAGCAGCGCCGUGACGGCCUCAUCCAGUCAGAUCCCAAGAAGAGGAAGCGCAACUUCAGCAAUAGGACCAAGACUGGAUGCCUCACCUGCAGGCGCCGGAAGAAGAAGUGCGACGAAGCCAAACCCGAAUGCUCCAACUGUAUCAAGGGCGGAUUCGUCUGUGCUGGAUAUCCACCCCAGCGUGGUGCCUGGCCGAGCAAGCAGGAAAGCAAGGCGACAGCAGUCCAGAUCGAGAGCAAGGACCCCAACUACAGGCCGCCAGGGGCCUAUGGCAUGGGCGGCUCCCGCGAACCCUAUGCGGCCCAGGGCCAGGGCCAGGGCCAGGGUCAGAGUCAGAACCAGGCCCAGAGCCAAGGCCAGCCCCGGAGCCAAAGUCCUGUUCAGAUCCAGAACCAAAACCAGAGGCAGAGCCAGAGUCAGAGCCCCAGCCCAAGCCCCAGCCCGAGCCCCAGCCCGAGCCAGAGCCAGGGCCAGAGGCAGCCGUCGCUGGUUCCCCAGGCGAAGCGCGAGCCGCUCCCAGCUUACCGCGGCCAGGCUCUCCGCAUACAGACACCAGUCCAGCGUCUGAUAACAGAGGAGGGCCGCCCGAUGGACUCGCUGAACUCGCCGACAGCCACUGACGGCAAGGCCCCUGCGCGCUUCCCGCCCGGCGUGGCACAGAACAUGGGGCAGUCCAUGUUGAUGACACCCGACACGGCGGGGACACCGACAAAGAACAAGAACAAGGAAUUCCCAACCACGCGCGUCCCGCCGCUGCAUGAUCUGAGCAGGACGGUCCCGGGGCCAACCAGCGCGGCCCAGCUGUCCCAGCACGGCCCGGGUCAUACGAGCCCGCCGCUCGGCCAGGUGACGAGCGGCGUGCAGGCGACGGCGCAAAUGGCGCUCUCUCACAGCUACGCGCCUUCGCCGCGAGCCCGCAGGGAGAAGGACCAGAUGCUAGGAGGCUUUGCCUUCUACCCCUACGACAAGGAGCUGAUCCUAGAGCGGGAGCGGUGCAGCAGGUCGGUGUGGCGCUUCAACAACGCCACGAACCCGGGCAACGGCGUCUCGCCCACGGAACGCGAGCGCCUCUUCCGCGAGAUUCUGCAGCCGAGCGAGGGCGUGCAGCUGUCGCAGGCCCAGGUGUCGCCCGUGACCCACACGGGCCAGCUGGGCGCUGGCUUCAUGGUCGAGGCGCCCUUCCACGCCGACUACGGCUACAACAUCAAGAUCUCGGACAACGUCGCCCUCGGCCGUAACUGCUCCAUCCACGACGCCGGCGAGGUCACCAUUGGCGCCAACACCGUCAUCAGCCCCAACGUGUGCAUCUACACCACGGACCUGCCCGUGGACCCCCGCCAGCGCAACGGCACCCGCGGCGAGCAGUCGGCCAGGCCCGUCCACAUCGAGGAGGACGUCUGGAUUGGCGCCAACGUCGUCAUCCUCCCGGGCGUCAGGAUCGGGGCCGGCUCCACCGUGGGUGCCGGAUCUCUGGUCACCAAGGACCUUCCACGCCGCUCUGUAUGCUACGGCCAGCCGGCAAAGGUCCGCAGACUACUUGCAUAAACUAUAUAUAAGUUCAAGACGGGGCUGCGGACCUCCCGACUUUGAUCAGCUAUUUGUUUUCCUCCCCCUUUUCUCUCUCUCUCUCUCACUUGAUUUAUCUUUUUUUUUUUUUAACCUGCGC